UAAUAAAUUUGUUCUCCUAAAUUAUGUCCUUCUCACAGUAUAAAUUAGCUGCACAACUUGCACCAGGAAACAUCACUCUCUCCAACACUUUUAGACAUGGAUACAUGUAGAAAAACUAGUGGAUAGAAAGUUGAUUUUGCCUCAAUUUUGUUUUAACUUCUACCAAGCCUUCAAGCGCAAAAGCACCACUAGUGGCCUAUCGGUUCAUCCUCCUUGCACCGUUGUUGAUUCUUUACGAGAUUUCCUCACACCUCACAUGAAGUUCUUCCUUCCAUGCCUCCUGGUUUCCUUUGGCCUUCACCUAGCAACUAUCAGCGCAGAUGGCAAUCCACUCCUAUACCUCGGCUUCAGCAGCACUAACCUCUCCAUGGAUGGAACUGCCACAAUCACACCAAGUGGACUCCUUGAGCUAACAAAUGGCAUCGUUAAUCGCAAAGGCCAUGCAUUCUACCCGGAUCCUUUGUCCUUCCGCAAGUCACAUAAUGGUAAAGUGCAGUCCUUCUCUGUCUCUUUUGUGUUUGGAAUCCGCUCUAGUUACCUCAGUAUGACCCAACAUGGUUUGGCCUUUGUUGUUGCUCCAAGCAAGAACUUCUCAGAUGCAUUGGCCAACCAGUACCUGGGUCUCACAAAUACUGUGAAGAAUGGAAACCCAAAAAACCAUUUCUUUGCUGUGGAGCUUGAUACAGCUCUAUCAAUCGAGUUCAAGGACAUUAAUGCAAACCAUGUAGGCAUCAACAUCAAUGACCUAAACUCCAUAGAAUCCUCCUCUGCAGGCUACUAUGAUGACAAGAGUGAUAGCUUCCAAAACUUAAGCCUUAAUAGUGGAGAUGCAAUGCAAGUAUGGGUGGACUAUGGUGGAGAAGCCAAGCAAAUAAAUGUGACCAUAGCUCCCCUUGAAAAGGAGAAACCAGUAAGGCCAUUGAUCUCGAAAACCCACGACCUCUCAAUGGUGCUGCAAGAGCCAGCAUAUAUUGGUUUUUCAUCAUCAACUGGUGCAGUUAACUCACGACACUACGUGCUUGGCUGGAGCUUCAGCAUGAACAGAUCAGCUCCAAAGAUUGAUACCACCAAGCUCCCAAAGCUACCUCCCAAGGGUCAAAAACCCCAGUCAAAACUCUUGGAUAUCAUCUUACCAAUAGGAACUGCAACAUCCAUUAUUGUCAUGGGAGCUAUCAUCAUUUUACUUCUUAGGAGGAGGCUACGAUAUGCUGAGCUCAAAGAAGAUUGGGAAACUGAGUUCGGACCACACAGGUUCUCAUACAAGGAUUUGUACCAUGCCACAGAGGGAUUUCAGAACAAGAACAUACUUGGUGCAGGAGGAUUUGGGAAGGUAUACAAAGGAAUCCUCCCAUCAUCUAAAUUGAAUGUUGCUGUUAAGAGGGUGUCCCAUGAAUCGAGGCAGGGCAUGAAGGAGUUCAUUGCUGAGGUUGUAAGCAUUGGACGCAUUCGACACCGCAACCUUGUUCAAUUACUUGGUUAUUGCAGGCGAAAAGGUGAACUUCUUUUAGUAUAUGAUUACAUGUCAAAUGGAAGCCUUGAUAAUUAUUUGUACUGUGAAGAGAACAACCCCACACUGAAUUGGGCACAAAGGUUUUGGGUCAUCAAAGGGAUUGCAUCAGGUUUACUCUACCUCCAUGAGAAGUGGGAAAAGGUUGUCAUUCACCGUGAUAUUAAGGCAAGCAAUGUUCUUCUUGAUAGUGAGAUGAAUGGACGUCUAGGUGACUUUGGCCUAGCAAGAUUGUAUGAUCAUGGUACUGACCUACAGACCACACAUGUUGUGGGUACCAUGGGGUACUUAGCCCCAGAACUGGUAUCGACAGGAAAGGCAUCCCCUCUCACAGAUGUGUUUGCCUUUGGCACAUUCCUUCUUGAGGUGACCUGUGGGAAAAGGCCAGUAAGCAAUGAUACAGAUUAUAACCAGGAGGUGUUAGUAGACUGGGUUCUUGAACAUUGGCGCAAAGGAUCAUUGAUUGAGACUGUUGACACCAGGCUACGAGGGUAUUAUAAUGUUGAUGAGGCAUGCCUGGUGCUAAAACUUGGGCUAUUAUGCUCACAUCCAUUUACUAAUGUGAGGCCUAACAUGCACAAGGUCAUGCAGUACCUUGAUUGUGAUUUGCCACUCCCUGAGUUGACACAUGCAGAAAUGAGCUUCAGCAUGCUCACCCUAAUGCAAGGAGAAGGGUUUGACCCAUAUACGCUGUCAUCAAGCAUUGGCACAGGAUCUGGCAUCUCAGGAGGAAGAUGGCAUACAGGUUGUCAGAGUUCUUACCGCCCAGACAUAAUGGAGCAUCUUCCCAUGGCCUUCCUUGUAGCCUUCUUCCUCCUCUGCCUUAGCCUCAACAACCUUCCGGGCUUCUGUGUCGCCGGCGGCGAUUCCUUUGCUUUCUCAGGCUUCGCCGGUGCCAACCUCACCCGUGAUGGCACGGCAAAGAUCACCAGGGAAGGACUCCUUGAGCUGACGAACAACGACGCCCACGUCCAAGGCCACGCGUUCCACCCAACUCCGGUUCAAUUCAAGGACUCGCCCAAUGGCACGGUGCAGUCCUUCUCCCUCAUCUUCGUCUUCGCCAUCCUCUCUGACCCUGCUUAUUCAUAUAUGAGUAGCGAUGGUAUGGCCUUCGUCAUCGCCCCGGGGAAGGAUUUCUCGAGCGCGUCACCGGCCCAAUAUUUGGGCUUGCUCAACAGCCAGAGCACUGGCCCAGCGAACGCGAGCAACCACAUCUUCGCCGUGGAGCUCGACACCAUCCAGAACGAGGAGUUCAAAGACAUCAACGGCAACCAUGUCGGCAUCGACAUCAACACGCUCUCCUCUGUUUACUCUCACCCUGCUGCCUUCUACGACGACAAGGACGGUACGCUCAAGAACUUGAAUCUCUUUAGCAGGGACGGCGAGGAGAUUCAAGUGUGGGUAGACUAUGAUGGGGAGGCCAAACAAAUCAAUGUCACUCUGGCUCCCAUGGGAGUGGCGAAACCAUCGAAGCCCCUGAUCUCAAACACAUCUGACCUCUCAGCAGUGAUCACUGAGAAAGCUUAUGUUGGUUUCUCUGCCGCGACUGGACCGAUCAAGUCGCGGCACUACGUGCUCGCCUGGAGCUUCGCCAUGAACGGACCUGCUCCAGCCAUUGAUUUCAAGAAGAUGCCAAAGCUGCCAAACCCUGACCACAAGACACCGGCAAAGGCCUUGGAGAUUGCACUGCCAAUAGCAGCGUUUGUAAUCUUGGCGAUAUGCAUUGCAGUCCUUGUAAUCGUGCAGACGAAGCUGGCAUAUGCUGAGUUGAGAGAAGAUUGGGAGGUCGAGUUUGGGCCGCACCGGUUCUCAUACAAGGAACUGUACGAUGCGACCGAAGGAUUCAAGAGCAAGCACCUACUCGGCGUAGGCGGGUUUGGCAAGGUGUACAAAGGAAUUCUUUCAAAGUCUAAAUCAGAGGUUGCGGUGAAGAGGGUGUCCCACGACUCAAGCCAGGGGAUAAAGGAGUUCGUCUCCGAAGUUGUCAGCAUCGGUCACCUUCGACACCGUAACCUUGUGCAGUUACUUGGUUAUUGCCGAAGGAAGGGUGAGCUACUUCUGGUCUACGAUUACAUGCCCAAUGGUAGCCUUGAUAAGUAUCUAUACGGUGAGGAUAACAGACCCAUACUAGAAUGGGCUCAGAGGUUUCAGAUCAUCAAGGACGUUGCUUCGGGGUUGUUCUACCUCCAUGAAAAGUGGGAGCAGGUCGUCAUUCACCGAGACAUCAAGGCAAGCAAUGUGCUCCUCGAUGGCGGGAUGAUCGCUCAUCUAGGCGACUUCGGCCUCGCAAGGCUAUACGACCAUGGCACCGACCUACAAACCACUCAUGUGGUUGGGACCAUGGGUUACAUUGCCCCGGAGCUUUCACGCACAGGCAAGGCAUCCCCUCUCACGGAUGUCUUCGCCUUCGGCACGUUCCUUCUAGAGGUCACCUGCGGUCGGCGACCGGUCAGCAACAGCGUGCAACAUGGCCGGGCAUUGUUAGUUGACCGGGUGCUCGAGUACUGGCACAGAGGAGCUCUCGAGGAGACCGUGGAUUCGAGGCUGCAAGGAAACUACAACAUUGAUGAGGCAAGGAUGGUGCUGACGCUUGGGUUGAUGUGCUCGCACCCGUUCCCAAGUGAAAGGCCUACCAUGAGGCAGGUCAUGCAGUACCUCGACGGCGAUGUGCCGCUGCCGGAGCUGAUUCCGGCGAACAUGAGCUUGUUGAGUCUCAUGCGGAAUCAAGUGUCGUUCGACCAGUCUGUCCUGCAGUACCCGUGGUCGGCGACCAGCAUUGGUACGAUGACAGCCGGGAUCUCGGUUGGAAGAUGACGGUUCCGGUUGAUUGUAUCUAAAAUGUGUGAAUACGGCCUCUUUGGUUGAUGUUUUUUUUUCUUGAAUUGGUUGUAGUGUCACAACUUAUAUGUGGUGUAUUUGAUCACUCUUGUAAAUCUACACUAGAAUUAAUUCACCGGUGAAAGCAUGAAAAAUGCAUAUCAUGAUCUGCCGUUACUGAUUUGUAUGCCACUUGGUAUUUUGUCAAAGCCAUUUUCAUGGCCGGUGAAUAAUCUUUAGACUCAUUGCA